UACUCCUCCUCGCCUAUGGAGGCGUGGCUGCGCGAUCACGUGAAAACGCGGAAGCGGCUUCUUCGCGAUCGACUGUCAUCUUUGUUAUUAGGCAUUUUUCCCACUUGCUAACCGUAGAAGUUUAUAACAAAGUGUUUUCUUCGACAUGGCGCUCCCACCACAGCUGAAACCUAUCCAACACCACUUAAGAACAGCCCAGGAACACGACAAAAGAGACCCGGUGGUCGCUUAUUACUGUCGACUUCAUGCCAUGCAGACAGGAAUGAAACUAGAUAGCAAAACGCCAGAGUGCCGAAAGUUUCUUGUGAAACUAAUGGAUGAAUUGGAAACGAUGAAGAAGGAGCUCAGCGACAAUGAAUCCAUCUCGCAGGAUGUAGUUGGCAAUGCCCACAUUGAGAAUUACGCCUUGAAAAUGUUCCUCUACGCAGACAGUGAAGAUCGAUCAGGACAUUUCCACAAGAAUCUGAUCAAGUCCUUCUACACCUCGAGUCUUCUGUUUGAUGUGUUGAGUGUCUUUGGCGAAUUAACAGAGGAGAACAUCCAGCACAGGAAGUAUGCAAAGUGGAAGGCAGCCUACAUUCACAACUGCCUGAAGAAUGGUGAGACUCCGCAGCCAGGUCCUAUUGCAAUGGAGGGGGAAGCAUAUGAUGAUGAAUUCGGUGCCGAGGGUGGUGGUCCUUCACAAGCGCCUGAAAAUCUUUCCCAAUCUCAGCCUUCUUUCCACGGCCAUCCAUCAAAUCAACCCCCAGUGUCCAAUUUCAGUAAUAUUCAGAUACCUCCUGGGUCACACGCACCAGCCAAUACACCUGCAGAGGUUCCCCAUUCAGAAGCAGAUCCCAUCAAACCAGUUCCUGUUCCACGAACCAUGCCAGUGGUUGAUCCUUCACUUCUAAGCAAUACACAUGAAGGUGAUAUGCGGCUCACACCAGAAGACUUUACUCAGGCUCAGAAAUACUGUAAAUACGCAGGUAGUGCACUGCAAUAUGAGGAUGUGGGCACUGCCAUCCAGAAUCUGCAGAAGGCCCUGAAGCUACUAACCACUGGCAAAUAAUAAGACCAUUAUGUUGUCCUUCUUUAAACCACUGUAUCAGAGAUCUGGCCAGAGGAGUUGAAAAAGGACCUUUUCCCUAGCCCCGUCUGUAUCAAAAAGAGACACCCCCCUCCCCCCAAUCACUCAAUACAACAUCUGUUUCUGCCAUAGUGGAUGUCAAUAGUUGCUCAUUACUAGACCGAUAAAAUACAGAUACAACACUAAAAAAUCAGGUGCUAAAAUCCUGAGGAGCUCAUACAUAUUUAGGUUUGAGGUGGUUUUGUCUUUUUUUUUUUUUUCUGACAUUACAAUAAUUUGGUUAGAUCAUCGACAUGGUAGCAUGUCUGAAUAUAUGUCUUAAACAGUAACUCUCAGACACUUUUCCCUUAACUACAUUUACUACUUUCCGUUCACUUCUAUGAACACUAUAUGCUUCGGGUGGAAGGAUUCUGUGGUUAGAUUACAUGGUAACUGUUUACUGCCAUUAGUUAUGCGUGGCUAUAAUCAACAAUAAAUCUUUUUUUGGUCAACUCUU